UUUACACUUUCAUCCAUUGAAAUGCACGCGGUGCUUCGUUGCGAGCGAGACGCCGGUUCAAAAUAACAGUGAACCGUCCGGUCUUAUCGAACUAAAAUAAUAACUCAAAGUAAACGGACGUUGCAGUGAUACGAACAGAUUUCACGUGUGAUAUUGUGUACCUAUUGGACGCUGUUAGUGUUUGAACUGUUGUAAUCAACGGCUAGUAUUUUUCUUGUUUUUCGGAGAAAGCGAUGCACAUGAACUGAGCGAUGGGUCAGUCGGAGCCGGUUCGGACCUCGCGCACAAGUCCGCGGGCGCGACGCUCUCCCGACCUCCCGCCGCUGCCGCCCCAGAUACAGCCCUGCAGCGGUUUCCUCGGCAACGGCAAGUCAGUGAUCCGUCCGAUAGCGUUCAAGCCGCUGGGGGGGCGCCUGUCGGCUGGAGGGGAGAGAUAUGGCUCCACACCCGUCCUGGCCAGCAGACCACCUUCACACUUAACUCUUUAUGGCAGCUCAUCAGACGUGCGGGAAGGUCGAUGGUGCGGCUCACCGCAGCCUGCCUCCCUGUCAGCGCUUCCACCAGCCACACCGUCAGCACCAAUUCAUCAGAGGCAUCACUCCGCUAUUGUCACAAAGUCGAGUUCUGUAUUGAGCGGCGCGGAGAAAGAGCCAGUGCCGGCGCCGUCGCCUGCCGACUCAGGAGUCGCUGAACUGGAGAGAGACCAACAUGACUAUAGCACAACGGAACGCGUCCGAAGUCACGAGGUUCGUGUGCGAGCAGCCCGAGGUCUCAUGAUGCAGAGCUUCGGACGCUCCCGAGAUGAGCGGGACGCGGAACUAGCGCGCGUCAGGCGGGACCGGGCGUUGCUGCGUCAAAGGUUGGAAGAUACUGAGUGGAGUCUCUGUCAGAGAGCUGGGGAGAUCGCGUUGUUGAAGACACAGCUUAAGGAUGCUCAGAACGAACAAACAGCAAAGGGACACGAGUACCUCACCCUGAAGGCAGACUGCCGCCAACUGAGAGAAGUCCUCGACAAGAAAGAGAAAGAGAUCAUGAGGCUCCGAGCGGAGACGGACGAAAAGGAAAAAUCCAUCAACCGACUGCAAUCAGAAGUCGAUCGCCUCACCAACGAUCUCAUGGAAAGCGUAACAGACCUCACCAAGACCAAGGAAACCAGCAAAAAUGAAAUUGAAAGACUAAAAACCGAGCUGAAGGAGCUUAGACAAGAACUAUCAGACAUCUCCCUUAGCGGGUACGAAGGCAUCGAGUGCGGGAGGACCAUGAGAGGCAUCUACGACGUCUGCAAAACUAACGAGUACCACUGGAACUCCAGUGAUAGUGCCUUAGAAGAUGCUGAAGUUCAAAGACUGAAUGGAGAACUGCCAGACUCGUGCAGCGAGCCCUGCGCCGCCACCGCCAUCGUCGACAGACUCAAGUGCGAGCUCGAAGCUAAAGAAACCCAGUUCAACAAUGAAAGGAGAAAAUGGUCCGAAGAAAAGGACAAAGUACUUCGAUACCAGAAACAAUUACAGCUGAACUAUGUCCAAAUGUUUAAGAGAUCUCGUACCUUAGAGGCAGAAGUGGACGGGCUGCGGUUAGAACUAGAAUUAUGUAACAAGAACAUGAAAAACUUGAACAAACAUGGCAAGACUAUCGAGCUAUAAACAUUACCAAAUUCAAAUAAUUUAAUAAUUAAUAUUUAUAUUUAAAUGGCUAUUUUCUAAUGUAAAUAUACGAUUAAGAGAAAAGGCGAGAUGAUUACUAAUGUUAACAAAGAAGUGAGGAUGGUUGAUGAAGAGAGAAUACUCGAAGCUGUUGAUGUUCAUCAAAGAGUGGCAGAUCGUGGUUUGAGGAAUGUAAACUAUGACGAUUUCUUGCCUUAUAAAUGACAAUAUGAAGCUGUAGUUGAGUUUAUCAAAGUUAUGUUAGAAUAUUGCCGUCAUAAUACUCAACUAGCAGGUUAGAGAAGGACGUACGUGUGGACCAAUUGUUGCAAAUUAUGUUAUGUCGGAGUAAAAUAUCUAUAUAUAUUUAAAGAAUGUGAUUUAUUGAGGUAGUGCUUAGAAGC